AAUUUUUUUUUUGACAAGUCACGGGAAACAAUUUUUUGGACAUUACCAUUUACUCCUUGAAAAAACCAAUUAGUUCGGAAAUGGAGAUCCAAAAGGGGUCUGUUUUGAAGGCCGGAGGAAUCUUCUCCAAAAAGAUUCCUUUUUUUUCUUUUUAGAAUUUUAAAUUCUCAUCGUUAUGUAUCAGAUCACACUGGGUUUUUAGAUACUGAAAACGGAAACGGAGCCGGCGGCAGCCAUGGCAGUCGAAAAGCUUAAAGAUUUGGCGCAAUCAACUCAAGACUUCUUCGCUUCCCACAUUCUUAACUGGAGCCCGACUUCCGACCGCCGCCGCAGCCCGAUCGAAAUCCUGAAGAGACUACAGAGGGAAGCAUUUUCAGAUUUAAUGAAGCUGAGGGAGAGACAAGAGAAGGCGGAACGCGUGCUUUCCUUCUACAAAACUGCCAAAGUGGGGCCAUUCCAAGAAGGCGGCACCCGGGUGAAGGGAGAGAUCGACGUGCUGGGUGCGUUGGUGAUGACGAACGCCGUUGAUCAAGAAACAUGUGAUGCAAUUCAGAGGACUGGAAUUAAGAGUGGGGUUGAAUCCAGGCUCUGGUUUGAAACAAACAUUGGAGAGAGAGAUAGGCUUGUGACAGAGUUUGUUGGUGGCCAGAGAGGCAGCCAUGAAGAUGUGUUGGGAACUCCACUUUCUCUGGCUAAAGUUCUUUACUCUGCAAAUGUGAGCGAAUUGCUUUCCGCUUUUGCGAUUCCAAUGGGUGCUCAGUGUCGGGAUUUCGGGGUUGGAACUGCUCUUCCCCAAGAGAAGGCCCUUACGGAUUAUUCAGCAAUAGGGCCACCCUUGUUGAACCAUCUAAAUGGUAGUGCCAUCGGCAUCGUGGCAAGGAAAUCAAAUCUGGUUGCCUCGUUGGCUCAAUUCGCCUCAGUCAUAGGAUCACCACCACCACCACUACCACCACUGCCACCACUGCCAACCUCCCCUAACACUCUCUGUUCUUUCAGCACUUUCGCUCAAGUCGCUUACCAACUUUCCACAAGCACAAAGCUGAGCCUUUUGGGCAUACGAAAAGGGGCGAAAUUGUCAAACCAGCAAACUACUAGACUUGGUCCCAUGACUUUCCCCAUUGGCAUUUUCGCGCGACACGAGCGCUCUUCUUUGGAGGAAGAAGAAGAAGAACAAGGUGGUGACGUGGACGGAUCAAUGGCUUUGAUGAUCGAGUCGCGGCUCGACGAGAGUACGAGAAUAGGAGGCUGGCUUGAGAUGAAAGGGAAAUUGCAAGCCAGAAAUGUGAAAUGGGCUGUUACCAUGGCAGAUACCCCUGAGGAUGGUUUGGGGUGGGGUUUGAGCUUGGGCGGGUCGGUCCGGGAUCCGAGAAGCCCGGAGCAUUUUCAGGUGGAAGCUUUCCUUAACUGUAACUUGGGGAAGAGGUGUAGAAUUCAGCCUGCUGUUCUUUACAUGAGGGAUGGGGCUAUCCAGUUCCCCACUCUUAUGCUUCGUUCUAGCUUUAGCCUCUAGAUAAUAAAAAUAUGGAAUUUUC